GUAACAUUGAAGUUCUAAUCUUACAGUAGUCCUAAGACGCGCUAUGAUUGAAACCCCCGCAACUGUAACCUCUGCCACUCAAAGAUUAGUUCCUAGGAGGCAGACAAUCGAAGAUGCAUAUUCGCCACCAGCAAAUUUUCUGGAGAUUGAUGUGUGCCGUCCACUUACCCAUGGAGAUGGAAAGCACCGCUUCACAGACUACGAAGUUAAUCUAAGGACAAACCUACCAAUAUUUGCCCACAAGGAAUCAUCUGUCCGUCGUCGCUACAGCGAUUUUCAGUGGUUACGUGAUGAGUUAGAUCGAGAGAGCAAGAUUGUUGUUCCUCGUUUACCAAGCAAAGCAUGGAAACGUCAGUUGCCUUUUCGAGCGGAUGAAGGUAUAUUCGACGAGGAUUUCAUUGAAGAACGACGAAAAGGAUUGGAGGAGUUUAUCAACAACUAUGAUUCAGUGACCGAAGCACUGAAUUACCACCAGUAUGGUUUCUUGUUUAUAGUUCCUUCAGUCCGCUUAAGUUUGAACUGCCAAGCUGCAUUGCUAGUCCAUAUAAAGUAG